AUGAACGAACCAAAUCGCAAUGACAGAUUCUUGCUUGAGGAUGCUCCAAGACCUGGGUCGUCUACUACGAUAGACGACACCGCACAUCCACAAGCCAACCAAGCUACGGAAGCGCUGUCCCAGUCCAAGCGCGAGGGUAAACUUCGCAAGUUUAUAGCAAAGAAGUUGCUCCAGGCAGAGUCUGACAACAGGAAACCAAGCAACAACGAGAUCACAACCGCACCACCACCACCACCACCUGUUCAUCAGCCCCUAACUAUCCGUAACGAAAUCCCACUUGCAGAACUAGAAGUCUCGGGAACGGGAACGCCGGGCCGUACCAAAACCCUCGAACCCCCGGCCGAUCCGCCCGUCUGGAUCGUCUGCCGUUCCUGCAACUGGCGGACCGAGGCCGUCGCGUCCGCCGUGGAGAGGUCCCCGACCGAGACCUCAUUUUCCUGCUUCUCCUGCCUCCCGCGGACGGUCCGGCUCGAGUGCGGCAAUUGCGGGAAGAAGGUUGCGGCGCGCCGUCCCAGGAGCCCCGAACAGGCUUAG